UCCUGCACAACAAAAUUUGUUGAAAAAUGGUGGAUGAGCUACUAAAUACAGUUUUGUCGUAUUAUAUCAAUUCAUGAUAGCAUCAGUAUUCACUACGCUAAAAAGUGCAGCUAAAUAAUGUCACGAAAUUCAACCCCAGACCUAUCAAGGCAUCCUGUGAUUCCACCAAUCGUUACGAAUCCACAAGAUCGCAUAUUUUUGAAAGCCCUUUAUGAGUUUAUUGAUGCGGAACUGGCAAAUGUAGACAGUGCUUCGCCUGAGCAAAGAUAUAUUGUCUUCAAAUCAGCAUUUGACAAGAUAAUUGACCAUGUCCAUGCAUACAAACCCCUUCUUACUGCCAUCAAAGCUGAGUAUGAAGAUACCAUUGAAACAAUUCAGCGAGGUCAGAAAGAGGCUUUCUUCCUGUCUGGGAAACUUAAGGCAAUGUCACAAGAGUCUAGUACAAUAAGGAAUUAUAGAAAGCGUUCAGAGGAACUUGAAAGAAAAUGUCAUAUCAUCAAAAGUGAGAAUGAAAAGUUGGAGAAAAGACGCAAUUUUUUGCGUGAGAAGAGAAGUGAUAUCUUGAAGGAACACGAGGAAAUAAUUGCUCCACCAAAGAAAGAAAUCAAAAAAGACAAACGCUCCAUCCCAGGUUUAACUGCAGAACAAUCAACAGACCUCCGUUACCUCACUAAGGAUCUUGAGAGAAGAGAACGUCAGCUUAGAGACCUUACCAUUAGCCAAAAAACACGCUACACACUCAAAGAAAAUAAAGACAAACUGAAACAGCUGCUUGAGGAAAAAGUAGCUAGGAGAGAUGAACUUUCUGAAAAGAUUGAUUAUUUAAAAGGAAAACGUGUGAGGUUAAAGGUGGCUGUUGAUGCUGCCCAUGCUUAUAAUAGAAUCGCUCCUCCACAUCAAACUAUGGGCCAUGUUGUCUUGAAAGCUCUGGAUCGAUCAAUCAAAUCAUCUCUACCUGACAAUGAUAGGCUAACUGUAGGAGGACAGGAAGAGACUGGAGCAUUCACCCAACACAGAGAGACUCCAAGCACAUCAUUUGAAGAUGACGACCCUACAAAGGAAAAGGAGGCCGAAAUGAUACUGGAGUACAUAGAAAAAUUUAAUGAAUUGUUUGAGGAGAGACUGUAUGAGGAGGCUGCUACACAUGCUGCUAACAGCCCAAAGGGAAUCCUCAGGACUCCUGAGACUCUAUGGAAAUUUAAAGAUGCUAAGGUUGAGAUUGGCCAUAGGUCUCCACUGCUGGCAUUUUGUGAGGCCAUCAUGUCCAAUGUACUGGCACUUGGGAUCAAGCCCAGUGCCCCAAUGUCUCUGGAAUGUGUACGCACAGUGUUAGAUCAGAAUCGAGUUGAUCUCUUAUCACAUUGGAUCUCCCAAGAUAGGCUGACACUAACAGAGGAGUUGGGUGAUGUUAUUUUUGAAUUCUGCAAGUGUCGGUCCCUGUGUACAUGUAGCUGUCAGGCCCUAGCCCAGAGGGUAUACUCCACAGUUGCGGCACACUCUAAAGUCGUUCUUUGUCUCAUCAAACAGGGGAGAGUUAAGAGUGCACUGGAGUAUGCUAAAGUCAAAGCUGAUUUUGCACAUGGAGAUUUCAUGGAUCUGCUAAGGUUGAGUCCAAGUGGAGAGCUGGCCCAUGCAUUGAUAGAUUCGGAGGAGCUAGGGAUGGGUACAUUGCCCAUAGGAAUGGUAGUGAAGACAUUGCUGGGUACGGAGGCAGAGAUUGAUGGUCUCCAGAUCAUACAUGACAUAUAUCUACAAUCACCUAGAGAUACACCAGAGCAGAGUGCACUACGUAAGUUGAUAUUUGAUGACACCAGUAUUAGCCCUGAUGAGUGGAUGGAGAUUGCAAAUGCCUGUAUAGACAAUGGCUUUAGAGAGGUGGGACUUGACAUGGUGGCAGCUACAACUGUCUUUGGAGCUAUGCAGAGAGCGCUAUCCCAGUAAUGUGGACUACUAUAUUAUUUAAUGCUCUCUGAUAUCCUGCGGUGAUUUUGUCCUGCUUUUAACAGACAUGAUGAUUAUACUGUGGUAAUUCAUCUCAGUGUUUUAUCAGAGACUGGGAACCCAAUGAUAAUGAUGUACCAUGCUGACUUUUUUGCUGGAAGACUCUCAAUAUUCAACGAUCUCAUCAUACUGUAAAACUAGAAAUUUUCAUGGAUGAGAUAUUUUUGCAGAUGUGAAAUUAGUUUUAUGACUUGAGCCGACUCUUUCAUUGCAAUGAUCCAUUGUUACAUUCCAUUUAAUCUUUGUCAUUUCCAAAUAAUUUUGUGGAUGGAGUUUUAUAGUUGGUUAAAAAAAAGCCUGGGGCUUCAAUUGUGUAAAAUGAUAAAAUCUGCAUUAUCACAUGAAUUUUGGGAAAAUCACAAAAACAUCCUGUUAAACAGUGACCAGACUCCAAACCUUUAUUGAUAAACUUAUAAAGGACUUUAUCAUGAAGACUCCCCUAGAACAUGUAGAAGGGACUUUUUAAUUUUUAUGACCAUGGAUGCUAAAAACUGUCUUUAUAUGUACACCAAUUAAAGAAAUACAAGAGUGACUUUUAAAUGAAAGGCUUUGUAGAUCUAUACCAUGGUCAUCAUUGAAUGGAACUAUCUUGUUAUUGCAUCAUCCGUCCAUGGAGAGAAACAGACAUCUCAUCCUUAUUAAAAUGUAUUAAACUCUGAAUAAAAAUACACACUAAUUGAACA